AUGGCUUCCAUCGCACGAGGCAGGCCGUCGCGCCGUGCAGCUUCGCGGAGAACCUCUUAUAUCGAGGAGGCCUCGGAAGAGGAUCCAGGCAGCGUCACACCGACGCCGUCUCAUUCCAAUAUAGAUGAGGAAGAAGAAAACGAAAACGACAACACACCCGUGGCUAAGAAGCCCAUUCCAAGGCGAGGUGGUCGCCGAAAAGCAUCAGAGGCACCCGCCCAACCUGCAAAGCGCCCGACAAGAGUGGGCCGAAGAGCAAGGACCGCCGAACCAACACCGCAGCCCGAAGAAGAACCCUCGGCUGUUGCAGAGACGGUGGAAUCGGAGGACAAUAGGGAUGAAUCGACCAUAAAAGCGCAGGAAGAGCCUGAGUCGCCUUCCGAGAAGGUUCGGGCAGCCCAGAAGAGAAAGAGGGCAGGAAGUUCCCGUAAGAGCCGUGAUUCAGUUACGCCAGCAGCAGAACUGUCCUCACUUCCUACUCCUUCUCCUUCAGCUUCGCCCGAAGCGUCGUCGCGAUCGCACCGAGAAUUUAGCAGCCCGCUCUCCGAUAUUACCCAAUCCGCAGUUAACAAAUCGCCGGCGCCGACGAAGGCCGAUACCGAAGAACAGAAAUCCCAGAUCUCGAUCAUUAACCCGAUGUCGACCAACCUGGAAAAGCCCAUGGACAUUGUACUGAAGUCGCGGUCGCUAGGCGUUCCUGUUGUCGAGGAGCCCAAAGUGCCACGCGCGCGCAUGUCUGCUCUCUAUCAAAUAUACAUUGCAGAAUGUGAAAACAACACCAAGGUCACAGAGGAAGCUAUCAUGCAAAUGCAAGAGUUGUUGAACAUGGAACUAGAGAAACAUGAAGGCAAUGAAUCUGGCAUCAAGGAGAUUGAGAAGACAUACAAGCGUGCUGCCAAGGAGUACGAAGGUAUGGAGAAGGAAACGCAGUUAAUGGUCAAGGAAAUGGCCAAGUACGAUAAGGAAACAGUCAAAUUCGAAGAGAAAAGGAAGUUCUUGACUGGCAAGCAGAAAAAACUAGAGAAAACCUUGCAGACUAGCCGGCUAGCAUCGUCUGAGUGCGCAAGCUUGGUGGAAAAGCAUUCGUUUGAUAUCGAGAAAAAGUCGGCCGAAAUUGCCCAACUUGAGAAUGAGAUGAAAUCCGAGGAAGAGGAGCUUGCCUCGAUCCGGGAAAGCCUCAAGGGCAAAACACAAGGACUCUCUGAUCAGAUCGCCGCCAAACAGAAAUCUCUCGAGCCAUGGAAUGCUAAAAUUAACGAGAAACUCUCUGCAAUCGCCGUUGCCCAAAGCGAACUUGAUAUUCUGAAUGAAAGAAGCAAUGCGGGCGCAAAGGCUUUGGAAGAAGCGCAAACCCGAAUUACCUCAAUCGAGGAAAGUCUCGCAGAUAAGGAAGCAGAGCUCGAGGAGAAGCAUAAGGAAAAGUCCCAGCUUGAAGAUGAAGUCGAAUCCCUGAAACGAGAUAUCAACAAGCUAUCUCAGAAGGAACCCGAACUUCGGUCAUACGUUUCCAAUGCACGACAGAAGGCCGAAGAAGCCAGAGCUAGCCUUGCCAGCACCCAGAACAAGGGCAGUGUUCUUUCCGGUCUUAUGCGACUUAAGGAGUCCGGUCGUAUAGACGGGUUUCAUGGCAGACUCGGCAACCUUGGAACCAUCGAAGAGAAAUAUGAUGUCGCUAUUUCAACAGCAUGCCCCCAACUUGAGAACAUGGUGGUCGAUACAGUUGAGGCUGGACAGCAAUGCAUCGACUAUCUUCGCAAGAAUAAUCUUGGAAGGGCGAACUUCAUACUUCUAGAUCGCCUACCGAAAAGAGACAUGUCAACGAUCUACACUCCUGAAAGCGUGCCGCGUCUAUUCGAUUUGAUCAAACCCAAGGAACCUAAAUUCGCCCCAGCGUUUUAUAGCGUUUUGCAGAACACUCUAGUCGCCAAGGACCUGGAACAAGCAAAUAGGAUAGCUUAUGGUGCUAAACGCUGGAGGGUCGUUACUCUCGAUGGACAGCUCAUUGAUUUGUCUGGUACUAUGAGUGGUGGAGGAACACGCGUCGCUAAAGGCGGUAUGUCUUCGAAACAAGUGGCCGACACCUCCAAAGAGCAAGUCUCCAAACUGGAAUACGAUCGGGACGAGUUGGAAAAGAAGCUUCAGCUCUUCCAGGAUAAACAGCGCCAAUUGGAGACCUCUCUUCGACAGAAGACCGAGGAGAUCCCUAAACUGGAUACUAAGAUUCAGAAAAUUGGUAUUGAAAUAGAGAGCGGCAAACGAAGUCUUGCGGAUGCCCAACGUCGCAUCAAGGAGCUUAGUGUCGAGCACAAGCCAUCCAAGACCGAUGAAAGCCGAGCAAAAGCUUUGGAGCAACAGAUGAACAGCCUGCAGGAGGAAGUCGAGAGCCUGCGGCAGGAUAUGGCCGGCAUUGAAGGGGAGAUACAAUCCCUGCAGUCCAAGAUUAUGGAAGUCGGCGGUGUCCGUCUGCGAAGCCAGAAAGCGAAGGUGGAUGGGCUGAAAGAACAGAUCAACCUUCUUUCGGAAGAGAUAUCCAAUGCGGAAGUUGCGAAAACGAAAAAUGAAAAACUCAUCAAGAAGCACGAAAAGUCACACUUGGAAAGUCAAAAAGAGAGCGAGCAGCUUGAUGCAGAAAUGGAGCAUUUGAAUGAUGACGUCAAGAAACAAGCCAGUGAUGCGUCGAGCUCUAGACAAAGGGCCGAAGAAGCUCAAGAGGCCCUGGAGACGAAGCGAGGUGAACUUAAAGCCCUCAAGCAAGAGUUGGAUGAAAAGACAGCGGAGCUGAACGAAACCCGCGCCCAAGAGAUUGAAAUGCGCAAUAAGCUGGAAGAGAACCACAAAGUUCUUGCAGAAAACCAGAAACGGAGUCGGUAUUGGGAAGAGAAGUUGUCCAAGCUAGCUCUGCAAAAUGUCAGCGAUCUUGGCGAUGAGCAGGAAACGGCGGAGUUGCAAACGUUUACUGCAGACGAGCUUGCCGACAUGAAUAAGGAAUCGCUGAAGGCACUCAUUGCGGCACUGGAAGAAAAGACACAGAACGCUUCGGUUGACUUGUCUGUCAUUGAGGAGUACCGUCGCCGUGUUGCUGAGCACGAGACUCGCUCGGCAGAUUUGAACGAGUCACUAUCAGCGCGGGAUACUGCAAAAUCACGCUUGGAUAGCCUCCGGUCAGCUCGGCUUACAGGAUUUAUGGAGGGCUUCAGCACAAUUUCACUGCGUCUCAAGGAGAUGUACCAAAUGAUAACGAUGGGAGGGAAUGCCGAGUUGGAGCUUGUUGACUCUCUCGAUCCCUUUUCAGAAGGUAUUCUGUUCUCUGUGAUGCCGCCAAAGAAGAGUUGGAAGAACAUCAGCAAUUUAUCUGGAGGUGAAAAGACGCUGUCCAGUCUUGCGUUGGUAUUCGCUUUGCAUCAUUACAAGCCGACUCCUCUUUACGUCAUGGACGAAAUUGACGCUGCUCUGGAUUUCCGAAAUGUUUCUAUUGUUGCAUCAUAUAUCAAGGAGAGAACAAAGAAUGCGCAGUUUAUCGUCAUUUCUCUUCGAAACAAUAUGUUCGAACUCGCUGCUCGCCUUGUUGGCGUGUACAAGGUCAAUCAUAUGACGAAGAGUGUCACUGUUGAGAACCGCGACUACAUCACGGGCCGGUCAACCUCAACGACAGCUGCACCAACCCAAUAA